AUGAGAUUAUGCAAUCUUUCUUUUUGUUGUGGUUAUGAAGGCGCGAGGGUUAUGAUGAUCGCCGACACAGCCAUCUCAUUGAUAUUUCUUCUUGUCCUCUGUCUCAUUUUCGUAAGCCCACGUUUGUAUAUUUGUCACAAACCAGCCGGUGGAGCUUGUUUAAAGUUGGGCACGGUUCCAAAAACGUUUUUUUUCUUUCUUUUUUUGGGUAUUGAAUUGAAACAUUGA